GUCCUCCUCACUAACACAAACGAUCUUCGGGUUGAGGUAACGCCAAAGCGAGGCAGGAAUCCCACAAUAGAGCAGAGGCUUUUUUUUCUCUCUCUCUCGCUGAGCUAGUGGCUGUUUCAAUCAAAGGGAAGGCAGAGAGGGAAGGGAGGCUCUGCGGGGUGAGAUGUAAGAUGGCAGAGCUACAAAUGUUGUUAGAGGAAGAGAUUCCGGCCGGCAAAAGAGCGCUCGUGGAGAGUUACCAAAACCUGACCAGAGUAGCAGACUACUGCGAGAACAAUUAUGUCCAGGCUCAGGACAAAAGGAAAGCUCUGGAAGAGACCAAAGCCUACACCACCCAGUCCCUGGCCAGUGUGGCCUACCAGAUCAAUGCCUUAGCCAACAAUGUGCUCCAGCUGCUGGACAUCCAGGCCUCGCAGCUGCGGCGCAUGGAGUCCUCCAUCAACCACAUCUCCCAGACGGUGGACAUCCAUAAAGAGAAGGUGGCCAGGCGGGAGAUCGGGAUCCUGACCACCAACAAGAACACGGCGAGGACCCAUAAGAUCAUAGCGCCAGCUAAUAUGGAGCGGCCGGUGAGGUACAUCAGGAAGCCCAUUGACUACAAUGUACUGGAUGAUGUUGGCCAUGGUGUCAAACAACAUGGAAACAAUCAGGCGAUCAGAGGAGGAACACUAUCGAGGACCAAUCCGCCGACGCAGAAACCACCGAGCCCUCCCAUGUCAGGGCGCGGCACGCUCGGACGCAACACGCCCUACAAAACCCUGGAGCCGGUGAAGCCGCCCACGGUGCCCAACGACUACAUGACCAGCCCUGCCCGCUUGGGCAGCCAGCACGGGCAGCAGCACAGCCCGGGCCGCACGGCGUCGCUCAACCAGAGGCAGCGCACACACAGUGGGAGCAGCGGGGGGAGCAGCAGCAGGGAGAACAGCGGCAGCAGCGGUAUUGGCAUUCCCAUCGCCGUGCCUACACCCUCCAUCCCCAACUCUGGUGGACCAGUCCCGCCCAUGUCUGCUCCCCCGGGAGCUCCUCCACCUCCCCCAGCCCCUCCUCCUCCUCCCCCCAUGAGUGGGUUUGGGCCCCCAGCACCACCUCCUCCACCCAUGUCUGGGUUGGGGCCCCCAGCACCUCCUCCUCCUCCUCCCAUGGCAGGGUUGGGGCCCCCAGCACCACCUCCUCCUCCUCCCAUGGCAGGGUUGGGGCCCCCAGCACCACCUCCUCCUCCUCCCAUGGCUGGGUUGGGGCCCCCAGCACCCCCACCUCCUCCACCAGCGCCACCCAUAGUGGUGGCCCCCGGGCCUGGUCUGGGCCCUGCUCCAAUGUCCCAGUUUGGAACCAUCUCGCGGCAGAUUUCACGGCACAACCCCUCCAACUCCUCUGUCUCUAUGAUUUCGGCCACGGGCACCUACCGCCGGGCGCCGUCGGUCACUUCCCAGUUCUCCUUGCAGCAGCAGCAACAGCUACAGCAGCAACAGCUACAGCAGCAGCAACAACAACAACAACAACAGCAGCAGCAGCAGCAGCAGCAGCAGCAGCCUCACAUUAAUGGAGGCACUCCAGGCUACGGCCAGAACUCAAUGUCUAUCGCUCCUCCUCCUCCCCCCAUGCCCCAGCUGACUCCACAGAUACCUCUGACUGGCUUUGUGGCCAGGAUGCAAGAGAGCAUUGCAGAUACUCCGACUCCUCCUCCCCCGCCGCCUCCAGACGACUUGCCGAUGUUUGACGACUCCCCUCCCCCUCCACCGCCUCCCCCAGUUGAUUAUGAGGAGGAGGAUGCUGCUGUUGUGCAGUACAACGACCCAUACGCUGACGGAGAUCCACAGUGGGCGCCCAAGAACUACGUGGAGAAAGUGGUGGCCAUCUACGACUACUCAAAAGACAAGGACGACGAGCUGUCUUUCAUGGAGGGCGCCAUCAUCUACGUCAUCAAGAAGAACGACGACGGCUGGUACGAGGGCGUCAGCAACGGCGUCACCGGCCUGUUCCCCGGAAACUACGUGGAAAGCAUCAUGCACUACGCCGACUGAAGGGACCCGACAGUAACAGCACGGUCUAUUUAUUCAGUCAUAUCAUAACCCAGUGACAGACUGACCACAGCCAUCUCCACUCAGACAUAACUGUAUGAUCCCCCAGGUUUUUGAUAUGACAGAAUGUUCUCCCUUAUUGAUUGCAAAUAAAAAUGAAAGUAAUAUCUAUUUAGUUUAUUUUGGUGUUAUAUGGGCGGGUGGGGGACAUUUAUGGAAUAUGUAAAAAAAAAAAAAAAAGUUUCUAAGGAAUCAGACUGCACGUGCUCACAGCGGUUGAACACGGCUGAAGGACUUCAACUAACCUGGAAGAGAUAUACUAACUAGAGUAUGAGGUUUGAUGGAAGCGAAUGAAAUGUCGUGUGAGCACCUUCAGUUGAAGUGUUUGUGCAUCAGUUGUAAAUAACGUGAGCUGCAGAAACUCGGGUUUAUGUAAUGUGAAUUCAGUGAAUGUUGAUUAUAUGAUAGUUUCAUUAGUGGUGCCCUCCUCGACUCCAUCAGCCGUCAUACAGAAAGAAAAGACGCAGGUGAUGUCGAUGAUUUACAAAUUUCAAAUACUGUAUAAUGUAUCUCAAGAACAAUUACUCCUGAAAAUCAGUCUUGGCGUCAAAGCAUGCAAAAUUUUUAAAGAGAUAUGUAAUCUUAAGUUUAUCGCCAUUAUGCUUCCAUUUUGUUUGUAAAUGUACUCACAUUUAUUUUUUAAUUUUAAUACACUGUUGACAUCACUGAACUUUAAGACUCUGAAGUGAAUUCCCCAUAAUCUCACCUUCAACAUGCUUUUAAUAUGCAUCCUAGAAAUGAAACUUGAGUUUCAUUUUCCACUCGUUCAGAUCUGUUUGAAGCAAGAGAACACAUUCCAUAUUAUCUUUUGUCACAUCACUGUUAUUAACUUUAUUCUAAUCCACUUAAAACCUGUAGGAUCUCUCGGUAAUAUUGGCAAUAAUGGGCUGUGAUUGAUAAAAGGGGGUUGUCGUGCCUGACACUGCCAUGAUGUGACAACUCAGAUGUAAUGUAGACCAACGAACAACUCUUAUACCUCCUUCAGUCUCCAGCGAGCAACAUCACCCUGCUCUGGGUUUAAGGACAUGAAGUCCUCUGGGCUGCACAGGUGUACAUAUUUUAUCGAGCAACAUCAGCCAGUCGGUUUUAGAUCUCUCUCAGGUUUGGGAAUCAUCUUUAUAACAUUGUAUUUUUCAGUUGGCCCAUCAACAUUCAUCAAAUUUUUUGACUUCCAUUUCAGGAUUUUGCAGCUAAUGCCUUGAUAUUUUGCCCGUUUUCAAUUCAAAAAAGUGUUCCAGCUCUGUUUCAUGGGUAGAAAUACUGAAAUCUAUCCCUGUCUGCCCUCCAUUUGUACAUAUAAUAUGUUGAUUGAAAGAUUAAUGUACAGUCUUUUUAUAAUAAACAAUUCUAUGUACAACAUGAA